AUGACGCGAGAUAUCCUCAUUGUGGGCGCAACAGGUCAACAGGGAAAGGCCACCAUCAAUGCAUUGUUCAAUAGCCUCGAGGAAUCUCCUCAACACAAUACUCGCAUUCUAGCAUUGACAAGGUCCAUUUCAUCACCCAAAUCACAAUCCCUUGUCUCAAAACACCCCAGUGUAGUCCUUGUUGAAGGCAACACACAAACACCAAAACCAAUUUUCGAAACAUUUCCUUCCAUCAAGUCAAUCUUUAUCGUCACGGUCCCACCCGACGAUGAGGCGCAAGCUAUCCCGCUCAUUGAAGAGGCUACUUCCGAGGCCUCACAAGUAGAUCAUAUCGUCUUUUCAAGCGUUGAUCGUGGAGGUGAUGAAGUCAGUUGGUCUCAGCCAACAGAAAUCCCUCAUUUCGCCGCCAAGCAUCGCAUUGAACAUCGACUGCGGGAAUUGUGCGAACAGACCAAAACACGAUGGACUAUCCUCAGACCGACUGGCUUCAUGGACAGUUACAAUCCAGGCUUUUUCGGCAAAAUGAUGGCUUCGCUAUGGGCAGAGGGCAUGCCUAAGGACCGGAAGAUGCAAUUGAUUAGUACCCACGACAUUGGUCUAUUUGCAGCGAAAGCACUUUUAGAUCCAGAUAAUUGGGCUGGGAAAGCACUUGCUCUGGCAGGUGAUGAUCUGAGCUUUUCAGAUAUCGAACGAAUUUUUAGAGACGUGGUGGGAGAAGAACUUCCACAAACUUACAAGGCAGUUUCCUGGCCCAUUUUAUGGUUAGUAAAGGAUGCAUCUCAAAGCUUCGAGUGGUUUAAAACGGCCGGAUGGAAGGCAGACAUAGAUCAACUUCGACGGCAAGAGCCUGGUUUGCAGGACUUUAAGACUUGGCUGAAAGAGUCUAGUGCAUGGAAAGUGCGAGAUAAUUCUCAAAAAUGA